CCAAAGCCGCCCCUCCCGCCCUUCAUCAUGCCACUGUCCAAUCUCGUCUUAAGCGAGGACCUGGCAUUCCUUGCACAAAAGGGAGCGUUGACCGUGCCGGAGCCGGACUUGCAGAUGGAGAUCUUACGAGGCUAUCUGUUCAGCGUUCAUCCUAACCAACCGAUGUUGGAUUUCAAGCAGUUCGUCAGCGCCAUCUUGAACAAUUCAGAAGAGAACCAGAUCAGCCUGCUGCUAUUUCAAGCCGUCAUGUUCGCUGGACUUCAUGGGCUUCCGUUGCAUGUGAUCCACCGACUUGGCUUUGAGUCCACGAAGCAAGCUCGAGAGGUCUUCUUCAACCGCGCCAGGCUGUUGUACGAAUUCGAUAUUGAGCCGAACAGCGCCGCAGUGGUACAAUCCUUAAUCUUGAUGAGCGCUUGGUUCACCAAGGGCAACGAGCGACGACAUACUUGGCAUUAUCUCGGCCUCGGCUACGACGUUGCACGAAGCAUGGCAUUGCAUCGCGAGCCGACGACACGCUAUCCUCCAGAUGUCAGACGCUUCCGCAGAAGACUCUGGUGGUCCUUGUACAUUCGCGAUCGAAUGAUCGCGCUGGGUACUAGGCGGCCCAUGCGUAUCAAGGACGAAGAUUUCGAUGUUCAAAUGCUGACACUAGAGGACUUUGACCUCGAGCCUGUGGAACUAUUCCUUCAAGGCCAGCCUUUGAUGCCGGAUGCGAGAGAAAACACAUCAACAGCCCUAAUGUGCAUCGAGCUGGCGAAAUUAGGAAUCAUCAUCGGACAUGUGACCUCCUCACAAUACACCACCUUGAGCGCUCAACCAGACGUUCCCCACACAAUGAUGAUCGUUUCGCGACGCGAUGCAGGCCGUUUCCAGGAGCUGGAGCGCUGUGACUUGGAAUUAAACGACUGGUUCCAGGCACUCGGCCCCAACGUUCGGCGAACAAGCGCCACCUCAGGCGAUCCGCAAAGCUGCUCCGAAGUUCAUUGGGCCUUUUUGAACCUCACAUAUUGGGUGGCGGUUAACGUGCUUCAUCGCUCGUUGGCAUUACAGCCGCCGCCAGAAACUGCAGAAGCCCAAGCCGCCCAGCGAAUAUCAAAGUCAAAGGUCAAGGACGCCGCUCGUCGUCUGACAAAAUCUCUGCAGAGCUUGAUGCAGCUAGACCAAGCCCGCUUCUUGGGGCUCAUUGGUGUCACUGCCCCGCUUGCAGCCUGUCUGACGCACAUGCUGGACAUCAGCUCGGGAGACGAGGAUGUUCGCGAUGCCAGUACUUUUCGCCUCUACCAGACCGUCCAAGUCUUGCAUCUGCUCCGGGGCAUCUACGCAUCAGCAGACGCGGCCGUGCAAUUCCUCGCCUCCGUAUUUCGAACCGCGGGAAUCACCGUGCAUAUUCCUCCU